AAAAGAAAAGAAAAGAAUGCGACAAAAUUUUCUGAAAUUGGUAUAUGACCAAGAGAAUAUGCGACGCAUUACGCAUUUUUAAAGAAGAUUCCUUAUUUCAAAUUCGCAUAUUUUCCUUAAUUUAUUGCCCAAAUCCCUUUUUGCGUUCCACCAGUUUCCAAAUUCGUCCCUGCGCAUUGCCAUUAUCCAGAUUCAAUAGCUGCUCAUGACUGAUUCCCAAAUAAAAAUGAUUCCUGAGAAGUCUAAUAAAGCCUUGGAUGGAAUACAUGGAAUGCAAUUGGUUUCUCACUCACCAGUUUCAUUCCAAGAAAUAAGCAAACAUAAUGAUUUAGCUUGUGGAGUCUCUAAUACCGGCACAAACCACCAACGGCCUAUCGUCCAGAAAGUGUCUGCUUAUUUGAGGCCCAUCCGUUGUUGUACACAUACUGGUGAUCUAAACAUUUCUGAAACUGUGGCUAAUGUGCUCACUUCACUGCCUUUUAUUGCCAUUGGACUCCAAGCCCCAAGGAAGAAUGUCAAUUGUAAAAUAUAUGCAAAUUCAUUGGUUGGAGUAGGACUUGCAUCGAGUUUGUAUCAUGCUUCGAGAGGGAGAUUGAGGAAGUAUCUCAGAUGGGCUGACUACACUAUGAUCGCAACAGCUACCGUGUGCCUAUCAAGAGCGCUUAGGAACGAGAACCCGAAGUUGUUGAUGACAGCAUCGGCUUUGUUUCUCCCUAUUCAACCCCUCAUGGUUUCAGCAGUCCACACAGGAAUCAUGGAGGUUGCAUUUGCUAAGAGAGCAUUUGAGGAUCCAGAAUUGAGGAUGGCUCAUAAUGUGCAUAAGAUGUCGUCGUUGCUAGGCGGGGCGUUUUUCAUGGCUGAUGACUUGCUCCCCCAAACUCCAUUUCUGCAUGCUGCUUGGCACCUUGCUGCUGCUGUUGGAGUCACCACUUGCAACAAGCUCUUAGACUAAUAUAAACACCACCUUCAUUCAUUUGUUGCUGCAUUCUAUAAUUGAAAAAUAGCACAACUAAUCUUAUCAGUGUAUCUUUUUUAGUCUUGCUACUGCAAGUAGUUACAUAUAUGCAUGAGAUUGUGUAUAUGUUGCAGCUCCUUUGCUGCUCUAAUAUUA